AUGGCCCCUGUGACCGGCACCAGCCUGGGUUCCCCCCCUCCAGAUGGAGGCUGGGGCUGGGCUGUGCUUUUAGCUGCUUUCAUCUCUAUUGGAUUCUCUUAUGCUCUCCCCAAGUCCCUCACCAUCUACUUUAAGGACAUUCGGGAGUACUUUUCUGUGUCCUACAGUGAGAUAGCAUGGAUGUCCUCAAUUAUGCUGGCUGCUAUGUACGCAGGAGGUCCUGUGAGCAGUAUACUGGUGAACCGCUACGGCAGCAGACCUGUGGUCAUGGUCGGUGGCCUUAUGGUCGGGAUUGCUAUGACAACUGCUUCCUUCAGCCGUUCUAUAAUGCAUCUGUAUUUGUGUGUUGGAGUAAUCGGAGGAUUUGGCCUUGCUUUCAACCUCCAGCCCUCCCUUGCCAUCAUAGGAAAGUACUUCUUGAUUAAAAGGCCGAUGGCAAAUGGGCUAGCCAUGGCCGGUAGCCCAGUUUUCCUCUCCGCUCUAGCUCCACUCAACCAGUUCCUGUCUGACCAUUUUGGCUGGAGGGGAAGUUUCCUCAUUCUGGGAGCCCUUCUCCUGAACUGCUGUGUCGCUGGCGCUCUGAUGAGACCCAUCAGGGCAAAGAAGAAACCAAGUACCACAUCCUCAGCUAUCUCUGAGGGAGCGACACCAGAGAAGGGUUCAGGAGACAGCCCACCAUCCUCUAGCCUGCGUGGUGAACACAUAGAGCCACAGAAGAGAGCUUGUGCUGAUGAAAUGAGCUCGUUUAUAGAUCUCUCUGUCUUCAAACACAGAGGUUUUCUAAUCUACCUGGUGGGUAACGUGUUUAUGUUUUUCGGCUUCUUCGCGCCCGUGGUUUUCCUGGCCCCGUAUGCCAAACACAGAGGGACUGACGAGUACCCGGCAGCUUUGCUGCUCUCCAUCUUUGCUCUGGCAGACAUGUUUGCCAGGCCAGGCACUGGUCUGAUAGCCAAUACCAAGUGGAUUAGGCCCAGGAUCCAGUAUUUGUUCAGCUUUGCCGUAGCGUCCAACGGCGUGUGCCACCUUCUGUGUCCUCUGUCGACUGGAUACGCCGGUCUGGUUGUGUACGCCGUGUUCUUUGGUGUGGCGUUUGGCAUGGUGUGCAGCCUGAUGUUUGAGGUGCUGAACGAUCUAGUUGGAGCACGGAGGUUCUCCAGCGCGGUCGGACUCGUCACCAUCAUCGAGUGUGGCCCUAUUCUUCUCGGCCCUCCAAUCUCCGGAACACUGGUGGACAUGUUCAUGGAUUACAAGUACAUGUACUAUGCAUGUGGUUUCAUGAUGCUCCUGCCAGGUAUUUUCCUUUUCAUCAUGAACUACUUCAACUACCAACGCCUGGACCAGGAGGAGAAGCUGAGGCAGAGCCAGGCUGAGGCAGAGCCGAAGCAGGGCCAAGCUGAGGCAGAGCCGAGGCAGACCAAGGCUGAGGCAGAGGACAUGGGGGCUGUGGACAUGGGGGUUAUAAAGAGGUCUGUUGCGGAGGACGUAGAGGGGGAAAGUGAAAUGAGCCAAGAAGUCUGA